AAGGAAUAGUGCUUUCCAAUUGGAUAAUGUGUGUUCUUAAUUAAUAAUUCCUCAAUAUGUAAAUUAAUGAAGCUAAUUUAAGCACAUUACAUUUCAAUUUGAAGGUCGUAUAACAACUCUUAAUAGCUUUUCGCUUGUCUUGUCUAAUGGAUCUAUUAUCGUUUCAGCCCAUAGAAUUAAAAAUAAAUAGACACCGACUGUGAAACUUUAACACAAACGCUGUUUAUAAUAAUUUCUUUUAGCUUCUUGAAACGUUGUUGAUAAUUAAUUUAUGUUUUAAUAACUAGUUCUAUGAGAUCAUACUUAUAGUAAAAAUAUACAAAGCAAUAUGUAGAUUAACUUGAAUCUUAAAAAUGUUAUAUACAAUGCAGUACCUAAAUGCUUAAAUUCCAAUCAAGUAGGUCUUAUUAUAAUGACGAUAAUGUCCUUUCUUGACCUUAAACUUUGCUUUGUCAUCAAGAACCCAAUGUAAAUGGUUCUUCAGACGUUGAUGACUCCUUUUGGUUUAAUUUGAAUUCGCGCAAGCUCUCUAAUAAUGUAACAGUUCUAUUUUUAAAAAAAGAAGUCUGGAUUUUUAGACUGCUAUAUGAUGAACAGUUAGUCAUUAGAGUUGCGCUUGACCGAGAAAAUAAUGUCAGUUUGUAAAAUGAAGAUUUUGAUUUUUGGGUUGUUCCUGAUUGGUAGCUGUACAGUUCAAGGGGCUUACCGUGAACGUUACAGAAACUUAGACCAACCAUCAGACAAUCCUCAACCUGACAAAUGCGAAUUGAAAAUAAAUCAACUCAAAGCUCAUUUGGAUGACAAAAUCAAUGCGCUGAAGUUGGACAUACAGAAAAGCAGAAACGUUCUCCAACCAACCGACAAUAAUGCCGAACUGCAUUCCAAUAUUGGAGUAAUUCUACUGUCCCUAAAAUUGCUGGCAGCCGAUUUGGAAAGUUUUGGACGAAAUCUUACCACCAUUGCCAACACAACAAGUGCCCUUCAACAACAACUUCAAAUAACUGACAGCAUCCAAAAUGUCUUUGGAAAACCAUCAAAUACAAUCACGCCUGCAAACUGUCUAGAAGUCAAACAGAAAAAUCCAGAAGCUCCUUCUAGUAUUUACCUCAUUCAACCGACUUUGAGCAAAGAUCAGUUUUGGGUGCAUUGCGACAUGACAGGCAAAAAUGGCGGCUGGGUGACCAUACACCAUCGGUCUUUAGGCGAGGAAGAUUUUUACAGAGAUUGGCACGAUUAUAAAGUGGGUUUUGGCAACGUAGCAGGCGAUUAUUGGUUGGGAUUGGAAUAUAUUCAUCAACUAACUGGUAACCAAAUCAAUGAACUACUUAUUCAGCUAGUAGACGUCGACGGUGUGGAAAAAUACGCUCGGUACUCUCAUUUCAGUAUCGGUUCAGAGGAACAAGGCUACGCCCUCAAGGUUCUCAACGGUUACACUGGUACCGCUGGAGAUUCGUUGAUGUACCACGCUGGCAGUAAAUUCAGUACCAAAGACAAGGACCAGGAUUCGUGGGGUGAAGGCAGUUGCGCACAAUCACACGGUGGAGCAUGGUGGUAUAAGUCUUGCGACAAAAGCAACCUAAAUGGAAGAUAUUUGCCCGGCGAACAUCCGGAUACAUUGAAUUAUCAGUCUAUGUAUUGGGACAGUUUUAGGGGUUCCAAUAUAGGGCUAAAAUCAGCGCGAAUGCUCGUAAGACCCAGACAGGAAGAGUUAAUGGAAGAUGCAUUUGGUGAUACGAGUUUGAGAAUCUAAAACUGCCAUUCAGUAAUCGCAACUGCCAUUUUUUGCUUGUAAUAUUAAGACUCAGAUUUUUGAUUUUGCAUUUUUUUUUAAUAGUUAUACAUAAAUAAAAAAAUUGUUUUCUACCUUA